ACAAGCCCUUAAUUAGCCAAAAAUUGUUGUACAACUAAUAAACCCUAGAAUUGUUGAAGCAGCAGAAGCAAAAGCAAGAGCAAGAAUGACGCAGAAAUCGAGUUUGUUCAAGGGCAAGAAGACGAAGAAAAUAGUUCCUCCUAGUCGUCAUGGCAAAGCCCCUGCUAUUCGUAAAGGUAAAAGGGCUAUUAAACCUUCCAAAGUAACCAAAGAGAUGGACGCUAGUCGUGAACUGAGCAAGUUCAUAAACCACUGCAAUGAGGUAAAAGCAGCGACAUCUGCUACCAAGGAAGGCGGACAAUUGAGUAUUGUCAAAACUCUCACCGAGGCUGCUAGUAGCGCAAAAAAACAGUCAUAGACAACACUAUUUAGAUUUGGUACAAAUAGCACUGGAGUUCUUUUCCCUUGUUUUUCUUGGUUAGCGAUUGUUAUGUUGUUUGUUACUUGGAAUGGUCAUUUACACAAUGGAGCAGACAUAGUGUUAAUUUUUGAUUUAAGUUUUUGAAUCGGUAAUUGAUUUCUUUAUGUAAUUCUAAUUUCUUGAUAUAUAUAAAUAUAUAUUACAUUAUUAUA